GGAAGUGCGUCAGGCGCGGGCGGAAGCGGCCGGGCCGGGCGGGUGGCGGAGGGUCGCGGCGGCCGCGCCAUGGUGGAUUACAGCGUGUGGGACCACAUCGAGGUCUCGGACGACGAGGACGAGACUCACCCCAACAUCGACACCGCCAGUCUCUUCCGAUGGCGGCACCAGGCUCGAGUGGAGAGGAUGGAGCAAUUCCAGAAGGAAAAGGAGGAAUUGGAUAAAGGAUGCAGGGAAUGCAAGAGGAAAAUCGCGGAAUGCCAGAAGAAAAUGAAGGAAUUGGAAUUGGCAGAGCCCGAGAGAGGGAAGGGGGAGCUGGAAAAGCUCCAGGCUGAGGCUCAGCAGCUGAAAAAUGAGGAGAAAAGUUGGGAGAAUAAAUUGGAGGAGCUGAGGAAGAAGGAGAAGAACAUGCCCUGGAAUGUGGAUACGCUCAGCAAGGAUGGCUUUAGUAAGGUGGGCUUGGUCUUUCCUGAAAUUCCCUGAAUUUCCCUAAAAAUC